GUAUUUAUUCUUUAUUUACUAAUUGUCUUAAUUUUUUUAACCUUGUAAAAAUGGUGGAUAAUUUUACCGACCUUUUGUCUUCCCAAAACAAAACAAAAAUGAAUCGUUCCGGUGUUUCUUUGAAUUCUGAACAGAAAAUGAAAUUAAUUGAAGCUAUACAUGAACGUCCACAAAUUUGGGACAGUUCUUACGAAGGUUUUCGAAGCAAUCCGACACGUCAGGGUGCAUUCAAUGAGGUCGCCGAAUUGCUUUCUGAGGGCGGAGCAGAAAUUUUUACAAGAAUCCAAGUACAAGAAGAGUGGGGGAAACUUCGUUAUUGUUUUACUCGAAUAGUCAAAAAACUUUAUGAUGAAGGAUAUAUUAGCCCAAACGGGACUGUUUUACAAUUAAAUCCGGACCAUCAAUUAAUUACUUGGCCAUAUUGGCAACCUAUGAAUUUUUUGUUGGAAGGAGUGGCUUUGCAAUUGUGUAGUACUCGAGGGGGAGGAGGUGGUGGUGGAAGUAAUUAUGGUGGAGAUGAUGGAGUUGGGGAUGUUAACAAUAAAGGGAAUACACGACAAAAUAGUGAGGAACCUGAUACUCACAAAAUUCGUCGUAGUCGAAAAGGUAUGAGAGGAGGCUUAACAUCAUCGGCAAUUACUCACAAACACAACAAAUCAACAAAUAGUUAUUUGGCUAUUGAAGAAGAUUUGUCUAGUCUGUCUAACCCCAAAACUCAAUCAACAAAUGAUUUAUUAAUGUCUAAUUUACUCAGUUCUUUCGCUCCUCAAGAUUUGCUUUUGUCUAAUUUUAAUGCUUUAAAUGAACAAUUUCACCCACAAAAAAUGGAGGAUGAUAUUGAGACAAUUAUUGUGGAUACUGAUUUAAAUAAAAAAUCAAAAGAAGAAAAUGAAGAGUUAAAAAAUGUUGAAAUUGAACAACAAAAUAAGCGUCAACAAAAUAUUCGAGGGGAAGAAAAUAAUGAGGAUAUUGUUGUUACUAAUGAAAAUUUGAAGGGAAAAAGGAAGAGAAAGAAGGAUGAUAUUUAUGCUGAUUCGUUGAGUGGUUUGGAUUUAUUACUUCGACAACGUAUUGAAGUGACAAAUGGGCAAAUUACUACUAACGGACAUGAUAACCACAAUCCUCAACAACAUCAACGUCAACAGCAACGUUCCUCUUAUUCUCCAGCGCCUUUAGAACCUUCAAAUACAACAAAAACUAAAUUAUUAAAUACAAAUUCGUUAAGUGGAAGUGAAGGAAGUGGGGGAGGAGUUACUAUUUGUGGUACUAAUUCUGUUUGUGGAGGUGGAGGGGGAACGAUUGAUGAUGUUAAUGAAUCUUUUGGUGAGUUUGAAUGUGUGUUUUUGUAAGGGAAAUUGAGUGAAGAGACAUUUGAGGAUAAACUUUAUUUAAAUCCAAAAAUGUUUUCCUUUUAAUUUUUGAAAAAUUUUUGCGAACAAAAUACCUAGAAGUAUUUUUGUUUAUUAAACAAUCCUUUGUCUGUCCAGGUUGGGGUUUUCGAGUCGGGCCGACGUUCGAGUCAUUUCUCUCGGACCGGUCCGACCGAAUCUUUUUCGUGCCAAAAUUCAAUGCCCGACUCGAUCUUUUGGACCGUACCGGAUCGGGCCCCCAACCCUGUCCACAAAUAUUCUUCUCCGACGAAAAAUGACUUCAAGUUUUUAUUUCCUCGAACUCUUUCCACCCAAACUUUUUCGAAAAAAUAAUCUUUCUAACA